AUGGGAAGCCUCAAGGAGAAGCUUGGUCGAUUAUGUGAGAAGUUUUUUAUAUAUACCAAUGUUGCUGCGUACAAAGCGGAAUCUCAUGAGUACAAAAAUGUGAUAAUUGGAGCACAAGAGUGUCCAAAUGUGAGAAAAAUAUGUAGUGGUGAUUUGAUUCGACCAGGACCAACACGGUUUGCCACUAAUUACAUUUCUCUUCAAAGCCUUUUCCAAAAGAAGGCUGGACUUAAACAAUUGUUUACUUGUGAUGACUGUGUUACUAGCAAAUAUAGUCGAAGCAAGGAGGGAAGACGUAUAGAGGAACUCAUUCUUGAAAACAUGUUUUGGGACAAUGUGCAAGCAGUGAUUUCUAUUUACGAGCCAUUAUACGGUGUUCUUCGAAUAGUUGACACAGAGGUUAACCCGACAAUGCCAAUGCUGUAUGAUUUAUUUAAGAAUGUGAGAACAAAGCUGGAAGAAGUCAGGAAUACAAUUUGGGUCAGAAAAAUCAUCGACGAUAGAUGGUUUAAGCAAUUGUAUCAUCCAUUACAUGCAGCAGCUUAUUAUUUGAAUCCAAUGUUCCAGCAUAGUGAAGGAAUUGGUGAUGAUCCAGAGCUACUAGACGCCCUUCACUCAGUUUUUACAAAGUUAGACCCAAACUCCAUAGGCAUCGCACAAUUCGGAAAUGAGAUUAUAAGCUUUAGAGACUCAUUAUACGGAUUUGGAAGACCAGCUGCCAUUGCUGCGAGGAAAGCAAUGACUACAUAUGAAUGGUGGAACAUGUAUGGAACAUAUGAUGCAGCUGGAAAUCCAAAUCCAAAUAUAGCAACGCAUGCUCGUGGAAUGGGAAUUGAUGUGGAUACGGUAAUGAAGAAAGAAGUAAGAGAUCAUUCUGAUGAAAGUGGUUAUAAAUUAUCAAGAGGCACUAGUGAAAAAUCAAUUGAUGAUGAUGGUGAUGGUGGUAAUACUGGUGGUGGUGGAAGAUAUCAUGCCUAUGGUGGUAGUGGACGUGAUAACUCAUGUGACAAUAGUAGUUAUGACGACACUAAUCGUGAGGCGAAUUAUGGAAAUGACAGGGGGAGUGGCAAAUCAUGGCACUACAACUAA